CCAACUUUAAUUUAAUAUUCUUUCUCUAAUUCUUUUUGGAUGAUCAUCNACUCCAAAGGAGGCAAGCCAGACGAGAGGCAGGUACGCACGCAUAUGCAUACCUCCCUACGUUGUUUGUCGGAUCAAAAGUCCAUCUUUGAUCUGACAACCAACAACGUAACAACAAUGCUCGAAAAAAGGGUGUUCCUGAUCCCCUCCUUCGACAACGAAGACGACACCAGCAGCAGCAACAGCAUCGCCAUCAGCGACGACGACCUUGACGUGGGUCCCGAGUCGUCGCCGUAUGACGCCCGAACAACAUUGUCGUGUCCCAAUGCCGAGGGCCGCGAGGAGACGAAACUCUCCGUCAAAAUGGCGUUGCUCGACCUCCGGUGUCGCGUGGAGGACGCCAUCCUGAGCAAGUACCUCGUGUACAACAAGAAGAAGGCUGUGUUCUCCAAGGCCGACGUCGAAAACCAGCGGGACAUCUCCCUCUGGGGGGUCCCGCUGCUUCCGAGCCGAGGCCACGAGGGCACGGACGUGAUCCUGGCCAAGUUCCUGAAAUCCCGGGACUUCAAGGCGGCCGAGGCGUUCAAGGCCUUGCAGAAGGCGCUGAGGUGGCGGACGAAACAUCGCGUCCGCGACAUCCUGGGUGACAAAAACAUCGUCCCGGAAGGCGAUAGCCUCUUGCACGCCGACGGAAAGGACAAGGACGGUCGGCCCGUCUGUUACCAGACGUUGGGAAAUUUCAAGGAUUUGAACCAAGAUGUGUGGGGGACGUCCCACGAAGAAAGACGAGAUAGUUUGACCAGGUGGAGGAUCCAAUGCCUCAAAAAGGGCAUAAGGCUUCUCGAUUUCAAACCCGGGGGGCCCAAUUCCAUAAUUUUGGUAACUGAUUUGAGAAAUUCUCCUGGAAUUGCUAUGAAAGAAGUCCGUUGGAUUACCAAGAACCUGUUACGCCUCCUUCAUGAUAAUUACCCUGGACUCAUCUACAAAAAUGUAAUUAAGCACCUUAAUUGCUCUUAGGUGCCACUUUUCUUUAGUAAUUGGUUGGCUUGAACGACCAUAGAUAAUAUUUUGAAUAUUAAGGAACUUCAAGUCUUAAUAGGAGGAUUAUAAUUAAUCCCAGGUACUGAUAAACGUUCCGAUUUGGUUUGCGACGCUCCACGCGCUGAAUCUUCGGGUCAUACAACAAAGAAGCAAGAACAAAUUCAUCUUUGUGAG